UCCUUAGGAAGUGCAUUUCCCCCGUCAGAAGAACUUGUGUUUCAACUAAAUAGAUUUGUUUGUUUAUUGUACGGUGACAAGGAUUCUGAGGACGUCAACAAAUGUCGGCUCUCAUUGUUCAAGGCAGGAAAAUGUUCAGAUGAGCAACUACCACCAACUUGUGACAGUUUGCUGCAACAUAUUCGUCGGUCAAACUACCAAGCGGCGAUUUGGCGUUCCUGUUUACAACCUCAAAUGGAUAUUCCUCCUCCGGAUGAAAAUGGGUGGAAAACAAUUGACGGGAAACUGCAAAUCGUAUGGAUGACCAUUCCCCCAGCGCCGGAUUCCCUACUUGAUAAUGUUAAUUGUGGAUGUAAGACUGGCUGCAAUUCACAACGUUGUUCAUGUAAUAAAGCAGGAGUGAAGUGCACAGAUGUAUGCUCUUGUACUGCAUGCACGAAUGUCGAUAUUGAUGACAACGAUGUUGAGGAAGAGGAGUUUUUAGACGAUGACAUGUACGACGAAUUCGAGGCAGACCUUUAGAAAAAGCGCGCGCUUGUCACCGCCCUUGAAUGACGACUAGCGUUGCCUUGUGCUGUUAUGGUGGCGUAAUGCGUUUAAUCUGUGCGCAGCUUCAGACUACUC